CGGGAUCUUCCCAGUGGAUCGGUUUUCUCGAAGUGCCGAUUAAGAUGGCUUUAGGAGCUUACCAGCUUCAAACUGGCCACAGCUGCCCGUGAGCAGCAGGAACCGAAGCCCUAGGCGACGGACAUCUUCAUUAACGGCCACACAACGCCACUCAGAGUGACAACACUGUGAGCCCAGCCUAUUGGUUAUUCCGGCGAGCACUCGCGCAGGACUGGCCAAUCACCGUGAGGCACCCCGCUGCCGUUCGCCAUGUUAACUUUGGGCAUUUAUCCAGAGCGACCGACUGGAGUAAAGCCUUUACGCGGCUUCCCUGAGUGAGGGCGGAAGUGAGGGCUGCGUGACUCUGGCUGUGCUCGCCGUCUUUCCCGCAUCCACGUGGGACGAGAGGCGCCCAGGAUGCUGCGCCGCGAGGCCCGCCUGCGCCGCGAGUACUUGUACCGCAAAGCCCGGGAGGAGGCGCAGCGCUCGGCCCAGGAGAGGAAGGAGAAGGUGCGGCGGGCGCUCGAAGAAAACCGCCUGAUCCCUACCGAACUUCGCCGGGAGGCGCUGGCCCUGCAGGGCUCCCUGGAGUUUGAUGAUGCCGGUGGUGAAGGGGUGACCAGCCACGUGGAUGACGAGUACCGGUGGGCCGGAGUUGAGGACCCCAAAAUCAUGAUCACCACCUCCCGAGACCCCAGUUCCCGCCUUAAGAUGUUUGCAAAGGAGCUGAAGUUGGUGUUCCCGGGCGCCCAGCGCAUGAACCGAGGCCGCCACGAGGUGGGGGCGCUGGUGCGAGCCUGCAAAGCCAACGGAGUCACCGACCUGCUGGUAGUUCAUGAGCAUCGAGGCACACCCGUGGGGCUCAUCGUCAGCCACCUGCCCUUCGGCCCCACGGCCUACUUCACGCUGUGUAAUGUGGUCAUGCGGCACGACAUCCCGGACCUGGGCACAAUGUCGGAGGCCAAGCCCCACCUCAUCACGCACGGCUUCACCUCCCGCCUGGGCAAGCGCGUGUCUGACAUACUGCGCUAUCUGUUCCCCGUGCCCAAAGAUGACAGUCGCCGUGUCAUCACCUUCGCUAACCAGGAGGACUACAUUUCCUUCCGGCACCAUGUGUACAAGAAGACGGAUCACCGCAACAUAGAGCUGACCGAGGUCGGGCCCCGCUUUGAGCUGAAGCUGUACAUGAUUCGCCUGGGCACACUGGAGCAGGAGGCCACAGCCGAUGUGGAGUGGCGCUGGCACCCCUACACCAACACCGCCCGCAAGAGGGUCUUCCUCAGUGCUGAGUGAACCUACUGCAGGACAGGGUGCCAGCCGGAAGUCCACAAGGCCCCUGAGAAGGGCAGGCGUGCCAGGGUGUCCGGCAGCCUCCAGGUGGUUG